GCUGUCCUUUCGAUGUUCAUGUACGGCAUGACGUUCUUCCCCGUGUUCGCCUCACUGGCGCUGGGCACGGCGUUCUCCUACGGCCUGGGUUCCCUGUACGUCUGGAUGUUUUUGGUGCUGGAGUUCUACAAGGUCGCGGAGUGCCCGAUGGAUGGUAUCUCCAGAACUAUUCUUCUGGUCCGCGCCUUGCCGAGUCUGGCGUGCCUCACUUACCUCAGCAUCUCCUUGCCGCUCCGGUUCGGCAUCGCCUGCUAUAGACGCCGGCUCCUGCUGCCGACCGUUGACCUACCCCCAAGGACGGAGACCCUGGAGGACAUCAAGGAGUCCUACCAGGGCGCCCAUGUGAGGACAUUGCUGAAAAAACCUGAACAGAACAAACCAGUCGUUGGACUGAAAAAUAAAAUAAAAGAAAUUCUUGUCAACAAGUUCAAUGAUCUUGUUUAUCACAAACAGACUGGCUUUAGGUACUCCUCGAGAUUUAUGACAGUAAUGUUUGUAGGAACUUGUGUCAUUUAUGUGCUUACAGUUGAGAUACUGGUUAGAACUAUCAUUAUCUUCGAUGGACUGACGGAUGUGAUAGCGUUUGUGCUAGAGGCCAUUGAUAAAAUCAUUGACGCAUUCAACGAGAUUCAACCCAGUCCCGAGGAGGAGAAAAGCAAUGCCGAAGUCUAUCUUGAGCUUGGAAAGACAAUCACGGAUAUUCUUCAAUGGUCUGUAAUUGUGUCAAUUUGUGUGGCGUUCGUGACUAGUAUCGUUAAUAUCUUAAGCAUGAUGUCUUCCUUCAGAACAAAUUUGUAUGCACUAUACAGGGGAGAUAAUAGUCACAUUCCUCCAGCUGCUUCAAAAAGUACUACCUCUUUAUGUGUUGGAUGUAUCAAGUACGGUGGGUUUCAGGUUGCCUACAUAGUUUGGGCAUACCUCAUAAGCAGCAUCAUCCUGUUCAUAGUCUGCUUGAUUUUGUCCGUUUUUAUCCUGUUACUUAUGACAGGGCACACUGAUUGGCUAGUUAACAAGGUGCUACAAGUAUGGCCCAGUGUUCUUGUGGCUAUUGGGCUCAUGAUUGCUCAGAUCCUCCUGGCGAAAUUUUUGUUUCUUCAAGAUCGUGGUCAACAUUUGCGUUUAGACAACAGGAAUUUCUUCUUCAUCUUCACCUACUUCAUGUUCUUCUACAACAUCUUCCUUGGUCUGGUCUCCUGCCUGUUGAGAAUUAUCAAAGCCAUGUUGGUUGGGACUCUAUUUUUAGCUCGACUGGACAACAGCACCCUGCCUCGGAAAUUUGAAUUUCUUGACCCAGGCUUUGCAGCUUAUCAGGGCUACAUACACAUGGAGGCAGCCCACACGCACCCAGUAGUGAAUGUGUUCAUUAGACUUCUCAUUAGCUUAAGCAAGUCCCGUGCCACCCAGAAAGAGAAAUACAGUCUCAUCGAUAUGCCAGAUGUUGACGAUAAAAUGAAAUUGGAGUUACAAGCCAAAGAGGCCAAUGAAAAAAGACCAGUGAAUGUUGCUGCAAGGUUUAACUGGCAUGUCACCUACACACUUCUGCAUAAUCCUACUGUGAGGCUUUACAGAAGGGGAUUCAUGCAAGCUUUAAAGAUAGCACAAAGGGAUGGCUUGAAGGUUCCUAUUAGUGACAAGCCUAUAACAAACUUCGACCUUGUGAAAACACAAGAAGAAAGAGAGAAGGAAAGACAAGAGGAAAUACAAAGAAUCCAGUCUGAACAUGGAAUUAAAGAUGGCUUUUCUAUGUUGAACUUCAACAAAAACAGCAAAGGUAAUUCUGGACACAAAGAAGGAAAGACAAAGAAAAAGAAAGGGUUUGGCUGGUUCAGAGGGAAGAAAAAUGCAGUCGAAACUCAAAAGUCUCUGAGUUUUGAUGAAAAGGAAAACGACAUCAAAUCUCUGACGACACAGGAUGACGAUGAGAGUUUAGACACCAAUGAAGAGUUCAGCGAUGCGGAUGGAAAAUCUGAAAAGUAUGUUGAGACAAAGGAGAAACCUAUAGAAGCUCUAGCCUAA